AAAACAAUAACAACGCUCUAUAAAUGAAAUCAGUUUUUGUUUUUCCUUCAGUUAUCAUCGUAAAGUCGCGAGUUUUUUAUUAAAUUCUUUUUUAUCUGAAUUAUUUUAUUGUUUAAAAUGACUGAAACUUACGACUACUUGUUUAAAUUCCUCGUGAUUGGAAGUGCUGGUACUGGAAAAUCGUGCUUACUCCAUCAAUUUAUUGAAAACAAAUUCCGCCAAGAUUCUAGUCACACCAUUGGGGUUGAGUUUGGCAGCAAGGUGGUCAGUGUUGGAGGCAAGUUUGUGAAGCUGCAAAUAUGGGACACAGCCGGGCAGGAGAGGUUCAGAUCUGUGACGAGAAGUUACUACAGAGGUGCGGCUGGCGCGUUGCUUGUUUACGAUAUAUCCAGCCGGGAGACCUUCAACUCUCUGGUCAACUGGUUGAGUGACGCCCGAACCCUGGCCAGUCCGAACAUUGUCAUCAUCCUGGUUGGCAACAAGAAAGAUCUCGAAGCCGAGAGGGAGGUAACUUUCCUUGAGGCUUCCAGAUUUGCUCAAGAAAAUGAUCUGAUGUUCUUGGAGACAUCAGCCAUGACGAGUGAAAAUGUCGAAGAGACAUUUCUGAAAUGCGCUCGAAGUCUUCUGACAAAAAUCGAAACUGGUGAGAUGGACCCUGAGAGGCUGGGGUCGGGAAUUCAGUACGGCAACGCGUCACUCAAGAGGCUUAACAGGCAGCAAGUCGGCCAGCCAUCCACACAGAGAUGCUCAUGCUAAAUGAUAAUUUUUGAAUAAAUUAAUAAUAUUAUGUUAAUUCAAAAGGUUGACCUUGUGAAUAAAUUAAUAAGAUUAUGUUAAUUUAAAAAGAAAAUAAUCAAAAGAAAUAUUUAAGGAAUGAAUGAAUAAAUAAAUAGUCAAUAUGCAUGACAAUAAUUGAAUGUGAUUGGUUCAUUUGAUGUGUCAUUAUUUAAAAAUAUACAAACAUGACGACGACGACGAUGAUGAUCGAGAUAAUGAUGACGAUGAAAAUGAUAACGGUGAUGUUGGUUGCAAUAAUGAUGAUGAUGAUGACGAAUAUGAUGACGAUGACGACCGAUUGGUAUAGGCUACGAAUUGUAUUUUAACGAAUGAUAUUUUAUUUUCUGCCCAUUGUAAACUCAUCUUCUUACUUACUUUUUUUCAUCUUAUUUGAAAAUGAUACGUGAUAUAGGAUAAUGAUGACAUUGAUAGUAAUGAUAAAAUAAUUAUAACAUUGCCAUCCAUUUUAGAAAGUAUUUAUUUAUUUAUACUCGUCCUCUCUUCAACCAAUCAAUCAACCAACCAACCAACCAAUCAGUCAACCAACCAUCCCAUUUUCAAACUCAACAGUGCGGAAAAUGCGGUGAUAUUUCUUAAUAACUGUAUAUAUACUGCAAUUAGCAUUUUUUUUUAACAAUAUUUUUUUAUUUGUAUUAUAUAUAUAUAUAUAACCUUUUUUAUAGAAUAUUCCAUUUUUUAUAUUUAUACAUAUAUAUAUUUGUAUAUAAAUUCAUAUCUUAUAUCAUUCUGACUAUUAUACAUACGGUAAAUAUUGUUUGGUAUAAUUAAUUCUUAUUAGUAAUGAUGAAAGUAUUCAUUAAGGUCAAAAAUGGUAAAAAAAUGUAAAAAUUUUAUUUGUAUUUUGCGACGAUUUUUCUAAUUUAGUUUUAUUCUUCCCGCUUUUCGUCAUCCAUUUUGUUUAUUGUUCUUUGUAGUAUUUAUUUAUAUAUUUUCGAUUAUGUGUUUGCCCUUGCUCUCUUAUUUAAUACAAUUUUUUUCACAUUCAAACGGUUUUUUAAUACACGUACAUCCGUGUGUUUGUAUGUGCGUGUGUGUGUGUGUGUGUGUUUGUAUGUGCGUCUUUUUUGUUUGUGUGUGCGUGCGUGUGCUUGUAUGUGUGUGUUUGUGUGUGUGUGUGCGCGUGUGUUUGUAUUGUGCGUCUGUUAUUUUUUUUUAAUUUUCUGUCAGAAACAUUAAAAUGAUGAUGGAUAUUUUCAGAAAUAAA